AUGGGCCUUGAAGACUACAUUACGAGAGCCCGAAAAAACGGCUCAUCUUCAUCUUCCUCGGAAGUUAACACCAAUUCAGAUAAGGCCACCAGCCACGUUGUAUCCGUAAAGCAUAUAGAUGAUGGCAAUGCAGGCGUUGCCAUGCAUCACGAAUGGACACCGCCCGAUCAAAAAGAGCUACGACGGUUGCUAUGGAAACUUGAUUUGAGGAUCGUGCCUUAUGUAUCGCUCCUUUACUUGGUAUCGUUCUUGGAUCGUGUCAAUAUUGGAAACGCAAAGAUUGCUGGCUUGAUGGAAGACACCAACAUGACUGAAUACGAAUACGGCUGGUCAUUGUCGAUUUUCUUUGUUGCCUAUAUCGUAUUCGAAAUCCCAUCCAAUUUGGCAUUGAAGCGACUUGGUGCACGUAUAUGGAUUCCCAUCAUCAUGGGAGUGUGGGGUGUCAUUAUGAUGGCCAUGGCGGCUGCCAAAAGUGGAAGAGAGCUAAUGGUUGCACGAUUUUUUCUCGGAGCGGCCGAGUCAGGCCUUUAUCCCGGAAUUUGGUGGUAUCUAUCAACCUGGUACACUCGACGUGAAUUGACUACAAGGAUUGCCUUUUAUUUUGGAAGUUCAACAUUGGCAGGAGCUUUUGGCGGAGUUUUGGCCUAUGGCAUUAUGCAUAUGAAAGGACUGCAAGGAUUGAAUGGAUGGCAAUGGAUUUUUAUCAUUGAAGGCAUACCUCCAUUGAUCCUAGCAAUUACGAGCUACUUUGUCUUGGCUGAUGGACCUGCCACUGCUAGCUUUCUUUCAUCCCGCGAACGUGAAAUUGCCGUAAAACGACUUGAAGUGGAUGCAGGCCCUGCCACCGAUACCAAAUUUUCGUGGAAGGAAUGUUGGGAUGGCAUUGUAGAUUGGAAGAUCAAUUAUUUUGCCCUGAUGAAUCUUGGUGGUUUGAUACCCAUGUUCUCCAUCUCGAUGUUUAUGCCCCAAAUUGUCAAGGACAUGGGAUUUUCCAGUAUCAAUGCACAAGCCAUGACCGUACCACCUUAUGCUGUUGCUUUUGUGAUAUGCAUCAUUGUUGCAUUAAACGCCGAUCGGAUGUUUGAACGUGGAUGGCACUCUGCAUUUGCUUCAUUCAUUGGUGUCAUUGGCUAUCUAUUGCUCAUUGUGCUAAAGGACAAGGGUAUUGCUGGCCUUUAUGUUGGUACUAUUCUUGCCACCAUUGGAUCAUUUGCACAGCUGGCGCCACGAGCUGCAUGGGGUUCAGGAUGUAUAGGUGGUCAUACAAAACGUGCUGUAGGUGUUGCUAUGAUUUCCAACAUUGGUAAUAUCAGUGGUGCCUUGGCAUCCACCAUAUAUCAAGAUGACGAUGCUCCUCAUUACGUGCGUGGACAUGCAGUGUGUUUGGGUACCUGUGCUGCUGUCUCUAUCAUGUGUAUCGCCCUAAAGUAUAUCCUUAAAUACAUCAACAAGCGACGUGAUCGACUAUCACCUGAAGAAUACCAAAAGGCAUGCCAGGGCGAACAUCUUGGCGAUGCACAUCCCGAUUUUCGUUACGUUCAUUGA